AGAGGGGCAGAACGGAUAUAGCCAGAGGGUGUGGCAGCUAGUGCAUAUAACAGCAGGUCCAUCCCUCUUUCCAUCACUCCCUCCUUCUCUCUCCUACUCGUUGCUCAUUGAGGUCUCCAGACAAACCUAAGAAGCCACCAUGUCCCAGACAAGCCAGGUGCAGAGUGCCAUGGCACUUCUGAUUUCGGCCUUCCAUAAGUAUUCUGGAAAGGAGGGAGACAAGUACACCCUGACCAAGGGAGAGCUGAAGGACCUGCUCACUAAUGAGCUUGGAGACAUUUUAGGGAAAACCACAGACCAGAAAGCACUGGAUAAGAUCUUUAAGGACCUGGACGCCAAUGCUGACGGAACCGUGGACUUCCAGGAGUAUGUCACCCUGGUGGCCUGCCUCACCAUGGUCUGCAACGAUUUCUUCAAAGACCAAAAGAAAAAGUAGAGAGGAAAUAUAUGUACUCAUUCAUUCAUUAAAAAACAUAAAAAUGUUUUGCUUGAUCAUAAACUGAAAUGUUUUAUCAUUCUGUGCAAUAAAACGUUUGAAAUAGACUA